AUGUCCUCUCUUGCAGGUGUUGAGGUGUCGAGCAGUACAAACCUAGCUCCCCUGAACGUCCGGGUGCCAUGUUCCGAAAAGAGGCCGGGGGCAAAGUAUGUUUCGAGUCAAUGGGCUGGGCAGGGUGGUGAUCGUCGAGGCCAUACCCCAACCGAUCAAACGGAGGCGCCUGUGCUCAAUGGCGUCUGGACCGCCGGCAACGUCCUGCGCGAUGCGGACUGAGGUACCCGGAUAACAAGGGAGGACCCUUCCUUGAA